AGGGAACUCGAAGGAAACCAAUUUUCAGGACCAAUCCCUCCUGAGAUUGGAAAGUUGGUUAAUCUGGAAGAAUUAUUGCUGUCUUCAAAUUCUUUCAGUGGUCCUUUACCUGAACAGCUUGGGCUCCUUAAAAACCUGUUUUCCUUGAGGAUAAGUGAUAAUGACUUUACUGGGCGAAUACCAGAAUUCAUUGGAAACUGGACAAUGUUAUAUCAUCUGGAGAUGUUUGGUAGCGGUUUGGAUGGUCCAUUACCUUCCAGUACUUCAGCCCUGACUAGCUUGUUCAAACUGUACACACCAAUAUUUUUAUUCUCUUCAAAUCUGGUUACUCUUGAAACAAUGUUGCUUCAUUUUGCUGUACGUAUAUAUAAUAUGACAGCCAGAUUAGCGAUCUAG